UGAACAUUCCUAUUGAGGUCUAUCGUAAUGAUGACUCAGUUAUUUUAUUCGUGCCCAAUGUCUGCGGCCAUAUUUUUCUCCAACAUCUAAGCCAUGGCAAGGAUCAAUAUUUUUUGGCUCGGAUUAUUCAUACAGUUGACGUUUUUUGCUCACACGAGUGAACAAUUUGAAGAUCCCUUACAGCAACACAUCUUUGAUAAUGAUGAUGAUAGCCAUGACGUGAAUGAUGCGGAGUUUGAAAAAAUCAUCUCGCAAUAUGAUAAGAAUGAAGAUGGAGAAUUAUCAGCUGAGGAAAUGGCAAAGUAUUUCCAAGAUACUAUGGCUGCAUUACAAGGAGAAAAGAGUGGAAACACACCACAAGAAAAGCCAGGAAAAGGUUCAACAAAGAAGAAAAGGACAGAGCAGAAAUCUUCUACAAGAUCACAGCCAUCAACUGCUAACGGUUUCAACUGGAAUGUUAAGCAAGUUGUUGGGGGAGUGGUUGGAGUCCUCUGUUUAAUUAUAGUAUUUGCUGCAGUAGUCCAACGGAAGAGUGGCACAAGCAACCAUGCAGGUGUUGAUUUCAAUGAUGUCCGAGCUGCAAGGUUAAGAAAACUGGCCACUGAGCAACACAACUUGAAUGCAGAGAAUGCAAUACCUCAGUGUAGAACUGAAGCAUCUCCAGUGAACAGGUCAGUGAUAAUUUCCAAUGACAAAGGCACUGCAAGAAGAAGAGUGAAUGACAAAAGUGAGGUCUCUAAAGUGAACACUGAUAAAACAGGAGGCUCAGAAACUAGCAAGAGACUGGACAAGUCAAGACUUGUAAGUCCAAGCAUCAAGCAUACAGAGGAUUGUCAACCACAGUUGUCUAAUUUAAAAGAGAGAUCACCUGUUACUGUUGAGAUGGCAACUGACACUGUUAAGGCUACUAUCUCCGAGAGGAGCCCAGUUGCCGCACCAGUUGAUGUAAAUGAUAUGAUUUGCGACCAAAAAAUGGUAGCUGAUAAUGUUGAUGUGAUAGAGUCAACAGAUGCUCAGAAGGAACUGUUCACAGUAUCACUUCGGAAGCCAGCAGUUGCAAAGCAGGAAAAGUUACAGGACCUUCCCUAUGAAGAAGUGGUAAAGAUGGUGUUGAUGCAGGUUUUGGAAUGCUCUAUUGAAAUUCAAGUUUCUGAGAAGAAGGGAGGUCUUCGACUACCAAAGGUUGGAAAUGAUAAAGGACAAGCAGUUUUACAAAUUGAGGCACCUGAAUUACCAGUCAACAGUGAGGACCUAAGCAAGAAACUGGAAAAACUCAUGGCUAAAAGGAUCUAUGGAGAAGUGGAUCCCUUGAAGUUUGCAAUUCUGUGCUUUGACCGGUGCUCCCAGCUGCCAGGAAAGAAGUUCAAUACAAUUCGAGAUGGAGGGAAGAUUUGGAAAGAAGUGACAUCAGCUGUAAUGGAGUCAUGUGUAACUACAGUUCUUAAGCAUCUUGUACAUGCUGCGGCAAGUCCCACUGGAGUUGAAGAUGACCUGUGGUCCGAUUUUGUCCAGUCUGGCCAGUCUGAAGGCCCAUCUCAGUUUUUUCUGGCAAGUGUGGGAGGCUGGUCAUGUGAUGGUGUGACAGUGAGUGGAGAUCUUCUUGCUAGACUGCUAGAAAAAGGCAAACAGGAUUCAGAAGUAAAAGACACUUUCGUUGAAAUGGUAACUAUUGGAGGAAGACAAGUUGUGCGAGUCAAGAGGUUAAACGAGAUUACACUGGAGUGCAAGUGUAUUUUCAGAGGGUUGGAAACCCUUCUUUCCCAGCCCACCAUGGCAGAAUUUCUGGCUGAAACCCUUGAACGAGAAUUGGACAGUGGAAUGAAAGAACUGGGUGUUUAUUUCCAAGACAAGUCAAUAUUCUCUUCAUUCCUGGUGACUUCUACAAUGGACUUAAAAAGAGACAAGAAGUCACGUGCUGUUGCUUGUUUUCUUGAGCUGCCUCACUUCCCUCAGCCAUUUCGGAGUGAUGCUGAUCAACUUCAGUCUCAAAUCAUGGAUGGCAUUCAUGGCUGUCAAAAUGUUGUUUACAAGGCGCUGGUAAAAGUGUUGAAAUCUAAUGCCAAAGACAGUGCACUAGCAUGGUUAGCCGGUGUUGUGUCUCUAAAUGACCUCAGGUUGUCAGCAAAUUUGCCCAGGGAUAAUUUUGGAGCAACAGUGGCCAGUGAUGGUUAUAUGGUAAAUCUGUGCACAGUAGCUCUACAGCUAUGUGAAUCAUUCCUACUGUCGAAAGGAAAAGAAAAGUACAAACAGAUAGAAGCGCGAUACUGCACGGCAAAAGGCUGUCGCUUGAGGUUUGAUAAUGAACGGACGCUGGGUGGCGGGCAUAUUGGGAUGGAGAACGAGGAGAAGACAGAUCUGCGUACGUUGUUGUUCCCAUCAGGAGAAUUAAAAGGUCAGUUCAAGCUGAUGACGGAAAUGUUUCACAUCACUCACAGCGCGCUGCACAUUGGACUCACUACAACAAUUCAACAUUAUAACAAUAUCUACAGGUAUUACGCGAGAAUGACUGAAAUGAAACAAGGUACUCCGGAAGAAGCGGAAGUUAGAAAGCAACUUUUGUUGUUUGUCCUUCAGUGGGACACCUGUCUGCAGGACUCGCACUUUAUGAGGCUGUGUUCCGAGUUUUACAUCACAAAUGCUGCUUGGCUUCUUCAUCUGUUAAACAGCUGUGCUUCUGAAAAUCAAGGGUUAUCUGAGAACGAAAUCCGUGCCAAACAGCGGGAAAUAUUCGCAAAUAUUCCUGAGUUCUACGUCAAAGACAUGUGUUCCUGGUUCAGUUUUGCCGCUUUACACAAGCCUUGUGCACUCAAGGGAUUGGAUAUCCGUGUUUUCGUUGAUUGUUGUUGUGCUCUAAUCGAACGCCGUGACCUGGUGCCUGGACCUGUGACGGCCACGAGAAUCAUAUCAGCGCUGUUGUCAUUUGCUGAAAUAUGCGUCAGAAAUAAAAGGAAAAACAAACUGUUGGAGACAACAACAUGGGGAACCGGCAUUGAAGGUGACCUGAUGGCCUGCGUAACUAUGUGUCCAGCGGUAAGAGAAAAACUCGGCCCAGCUCUCAUUCAUACAUACUCGUCGGUCGACAUUGUGGAGGGCCUGGACGUGGACAAAGAACAAUUUGACAAAUUUUCAGCCAGGUUCGAGAUUAUCAAGUUGUUGGAAGGCUUGUGGAAGAGACCGGACUGCCUGCCUUCAAUUCUGGGAGAAUGUGGAAGGGAGAGCUUUCAGUCAUUUUUAGGUUCUAUACUGGACACACUCCUUUACGUGCUCAAAGAUGGCUUGCUACGACUCACGAACGUGAAGAAAUUGCAGAGUGCCAAGCAGUCUGACGAUAAGUGGAAAGAACUGAGUAUAGAACAGCGCCAAGAAAAGGAACAGUUUUUGAUGGGUGAAGAACAGGCUGCUAAAUCUCUUAUGCAUAUGGCUAACGCGACGAUGGCACUUCUGGAGAAAAUCACAGAAGAAGACAAAGUGGCUCGUUGUUUCUCACGCUCUCCGCUGUCACUUAGGGCGGCAGCUGCGAUAAUCGGAUUUUUGGAUUCAUUGUGCGGCCGUAAAUCAAUGGAUUUGAAAGUCCAAAACAUGGAGAAGUAUUCCUUUGAUCCACGUGACCUGCUAGUUAAAAUUCUAACGGUGUUAGUCCGCAUGUCAAAUGCCAGUGAAGAGAGAGAGUUUGUGAAAUGCCUCGCCGCUAACCCAGACUACAGUAGACUCAGUGUGGAGCGAGCGUUGCGAGUUGUUCAGCGGGAAAACCUCGCUCCUGAUCACGUGGUUCGAGACUUGAGAAGCGUUAUGCAAGAGGUUAGCCUAAUACUAGCACGAGACGAAGACCACCCCUCCCUGGGUGAAGACGAAUCAAACGAAGACGAGACUGAGCCUCCCCCACUGGAGCGUGUGCCUGAGAAGGGUGGUGAAGGGGCUUCUAUAGCGGAACCGCAUGAUGCAAAGGAGGCAGAUCAAGUUUAUAUUGAAGCUCUUGAACUACUCAAGUUUGACACUGCGGAGCUUGUGGAAUAUCAUGCCUUUCGCUGCCGCGCCUGCCAGCCAAUGUGUCCCAGGUCCGGUAAAGUCAAGGCUCUUAUGCGAGAAGCAGCCCAACUUAAAAGUAAUCUUCCGAUUCAUCCAAAUGCUUCCAUCCUCGUUCGUCAGGAUGAAAACCGUAUGGACUUUGUCCGUGCGCUUAUUACCGGCACGGUCGAUACGCCGUACAGUCGGGGCUGCUUCGUGUUCGAUGUGUACUUUCCGUCCUCGUAUCCUGUUGAUCCACCAAUGGUGAAAAUUAUCACCACCGGUAAUGGCACUGUGAGGUUCAACCCGAAUCUUUAUGCAGACGGAAAGGUUUGCUUGAGUUUGCUGGGGACCUUCCACGGUAGAGAAGCUAGUGAAAAAUGGGAUCCGAAGAAGUCUUCGCUUUACCAGGUUUUGUUGUCCAUUCAAGGCAUGAUGUUCACUCCGGAUCCUUGUUUUAACGAGCCUGGUUACGAGGGUAUUAAAGGAACAGACGAAGGAGAUACUCUGUGCAAGGAAUACAACGCAACAAUCAAACUGCAUACGAUACGUCACGCCAUGGUUGGACAGCUACGCGAACCAACACCGGGGUUUGAAGAAGCAAUCCGAGCUCAUUUCCGUCUUCAAAGGGAGGCUGUUUUAAAACAGUGUGCUGAGUGGCUCACAGAGUGCGCAGACGCAGAAGAGGAAAGACGCAUGCGUAAAGCUGUCGAUACCCUGAAAAGUGAACUCGACAAAUUGUAGAGAAGAGAAGAAAUGCUAUGAAAUUCAAAGGCGCGUCAUGUGAUUUUUGGGCUUUCCAAGGUCGAUAAACAUCACGGUAAAUAAUAUUGUUCCAGUUUUGGGGUAGAAACUGCCAUCCAAAACUGUUCCGACUUUCGUAACGGUGCUGUUUGGUCUACUCCAUUGGUAUUUACAUUGACUGACUUCCUUGGUUAUUAUUUAUGCAAAUACCGCAGGAAUUUGAAAACGGAGGUUUCACUCUGAAAACGCACCGAAUGUUUCCCGUCCAUUCUACGCUAGAGGAAUUUAAAAACGAAGCAGUCGUCGAUAAUUUUGGAUUUGUGACGUUCUCGAAAAGCUCCGUUUAGAAAAUGUCUUCCGCCCACACGAAAACGAAAAGCCGGCGUUUUCAGUUUCCUCUAGUUUGAAGAGCGUUUUUAAAAAGCUCCGUUUUCGUGACAGAUUUGUGUGGACGGUAGGUCUAAACGUAGAAAUAAAGCUGCGUUUUCAAAUUAGUAGUGCGGACUGGGCCUUAGUCUCCACUCUGGUGACCGGCCAGUAAAUGGUAAACCGACAAUCAUUCUGGUCGGGGGUAGGGGUGGGGUAGCAUUGAUCCCACUCACUUCAAUAAUGCUAUGGAAACAAACUAAGCGCCUACUAAUUUACAUUUUCUUUUUUGAAAUCUGUUUCACUAGAAAUACUAACGAGGCUUAUGGUGGUGUAAAUAUUUUAACUCAGAUACAGUUUGUUUUGAAAUACGUUUUGCUGCUUAAAAAGCACCAUUGGGAUGAGAUGAUUACUAUGUUUAGGCAGAUGUUAAUGUUUGUAAAAAAAGGCCAGUAAUCUUGAAUAAAAUUUGGUUUGGUGGAA